GGUGGAGGAGUUGCUGCGGAUCCGCAGACCAUGUCGCCUGAAGAGUGGACGUAUCUAGUGGUUCUUCUUAUCUCCAUCCCCAUCGGCUUCCUCUUUAAGAAAGCUGGGCCUGGGCUGAAGAGAUGGGGGGCAGCAGCCGUAGGCCUAGGACUCACCUUGUUCACCUGUGGCCCCCACACUUUGCAUUCUCUGGUCACCAUCCUUGGAACCUGGGCCCUCAUUCAGGCCCAGCCCUGCUCGUGUCACGCCCUGGCUCUGGCCUGGACCUUCUCCUACCUGCUAUUCUUCCGAGCCCUCAGCCUGCUGGGCCUGCCCACUCCCACGCCCUUCACCAAUGCCGUCCAGCUGCUGCUCACGCUGAAGCUGGUGAGCCUGGCCAGUGAGGUCCAGGACCUGCACCUGGCGCAGAGGAAGGACAUGGCCUCGGGCUUCAGCCAGGGCCCCUCGCUGGGGCUGCUGCCCGACGUGCCGUCCCUGAUGGACACACUCAGCUACAGCUACUGCUACGUGGGCAUCAUGACCGGUGAGUGGGCCCGCGCCUGUCCCCGUCGCCCUGUCGCCGCGGCUCAGUGCCUGUCCCGUGUUUCCGCCUGCCCCGGCCACCCCUGCUCUGGCCUCUGCUGCUCCAAGGGGAGGUGUCGGCCUCGGGCUCUGAGGCGGGGCUGGCUCCUUCAGGGUGGGGCUAUCUGGCCUCACCCCAACCACUGUCGUUUUCCUCCUCUUUGCGAACUAGGGCAGAGGGGAGGGACCAGCCGACCCUGUGCACACCUGCUGUUCCUGCUGCCUGGGGAUACAUACUCACCCCUGAGUCCAUCUCCACCCGUGUCCGGCCUGCUGUUCCUGCUGUCCUCCCACCUCUUCCCGCUGGAGGCCGUGCGCGAGGACGCCUUCUACGCCCGCCCGCUGCCCGCCCGCCUCUUCUACAUGAUCCCCGUCUUCUUCGCCUUUCGCAUGCGCUUCUACGUGGCCUGGAUUGCCGCCGAGUGCGGCUGCAUUGCCGCCGGCUUCGGGGGCUCACCCGUGGGCGCACGGGCCGGGGGCGGCCCCACCCUCCAAUGCCCACCCCCCAGCAGUCCGGAGGAGGCGGCUUCCUGGGAGUACGACUAUGAGGCCGUCCGCAACAUCGACUGCUACGGCACGGACUUCUGCGUGCGCGUGCGUGACGGCAUGCGCUACUGGAACAUGACGGUGCAGUGGUGGCUGGCGCAGUACAUCUACAAGAGCGCGCCCGCCCGCUCCUACGUCCUGAGGAGCGCCUGGACCAUGCUGCUCAGCGCCUACUGGCACGGCCUGCACCCCGGCUACUACCUGAGCUUCCUGACCAUCCCGCUGUGCCUGGCUGCCGAGGGCCGGCUGGAGUCCGCCCUGCGGGGGCGGCUGAGCCCCGCGGGCCAGAAGGCCUGGGACUGGGCGCACUGGUUCCUGAAGAUGCGCGCCUACGACUACAUGUGCAUGGGCUUCGUGCUGCUCUCGCUGCGGGACACGCUGCGCUACUGGGCCUCCAUCUACUUCUGCGUGCACCUGCUGGCCCUGGCGGCCCUGGGGCUGGGGCUGGCCCUGGGCGGCGGUGGCCCCGGCCGGCGGAAGGCAGCCUCACAGGCCCCCAGCCCUGCCCCGGAAAAGCUCCACGAGGAGUAAGCUGCCGCGAGCACCCUCGCCAGCGCCAGCGUUCGCCUGGAGUCCCGGGAACCGGGCUGCUGUGUCCUUUUCCAGGAAGAGUCCUUAUCGGGCCAGGGGCCUGGAGAGGAUUCCCUGCCCCGCAGCUGGACCCCUUGCCAGGCCAGGCUGGGCGUGCCACCUCCCCCAAGUCCCCUGCCCUCUGCGUGAUCAAGGUCUUGUCCAGACGAGGACCGCCCUCAUCUUGGCCGGGGUGCGGUGUUCACAGCCCUCCGCCUCCCAGAACGGGCCGGCAGUGUGCUUUCUGGGGCACCCAGCCUGCCUUCGGCACCCCAGAAUCAGGGUGGGGCUUCAGGAGCGGGCCUGGGAGUGGGGAACCCUUUUCUUGAGCCUUUGGCUCCGUUUUUAUUUCAUCAAGUCAGUAUUUCAGACUGGAAAGAGGACAUAAUCUCCCCAUUCCAUGAAGGGGAAACUGAGGCAGGCACGCAGCCGGGGACCGUUGCUCCUGGGCCUCCAUCUGAGCCGCCUGAGGGCCCGACACUCCUGUCAGCCUGUUGUCACUCACCGGCCUGAGACAGGGCCAGAGUGUGUCAGUCUUUCCCAAUAAAGUGUUGCAGAGA